AUGGGGAGUCCAGGUUGUGACCAGGUAGGGAGCGCCACACAGUUGCCUGUCUAUAUCAGUCAUUCCCACACUGAUGCAGAGAGGAACUGGCAGGACGGGGAGGAGGACAUUAAACCAUCCCGGAGUCUAUUGGGCCUACCUGAGCUCAGCUGGCCUGGUGUCUACCUACCCUACCGUGACAGACUGGUCAGCGAGGACAACCCAUGGCUACUAAGGGUGUCAGACGCAGCUGGGUCGACCCUGUCCUCCUCCAAAAGCCUUGAUCAGUGCUCCACCAUCCACAGCCAAGGCCCGGCCUCGCCCUCGGAGCUGGGUCUGGUGGAGGAGUGCUGUUUGGAGCAGGUCCAGACGAUGGUGGUCGGCGAGGUCCUAAAGGACAUCGACACGGCUUGCAAGCUCCUCAACAUUACACCAGAACCAAUGGACUGGAGCUGUGUUCACGUGCAGAAGUGGCUGCUGUGGACCGAACACCUGUACAGGUUACCACAGGUGAGCCGGUUGUUUCAGCAGCUGAGUGGGAAAGACCUCUGCUCGAUGACAGAAGAAGACUUCCGACAAUGCUCAGCGCAAUGCGGAGACAUUCUGUACGCUCAUCUGGACAUCUGGAGAUCCGCUGCGGGGAUGAAGGAACGCUGCCUGCUAGGAGAUAGCAAACCUUCUGGUGUGGAUGAUUCAUGGUCUGAUGUGGUCUCAAACUACCCCAGCCAGCCCAUCCACCUGUGGCAGUUCCUCCGAGAGCUGCUCCUGAGGCCUCAUAACUACAGCCGCUGCAUUCGCUGGCUCAACAAAGAGAAAGGAAUAUUUAAAAUAGAGGACUCAGCUCAUGUGGCCAGAUUAUGGGGCAUCAGAAAGAACCGCCCAGCUAUGAACUAUGACAAGUUGAGUCGCUCAAUACGACAAUACUACAAGAAGGGCAUCAUUCGCAAGCCCGAUGUGUCACGGAGACUGGUCUACCAGUUUGUCAACCCAGUAUGA